AUGAAUAUGGUGGCUCUCACCAUAUUGUUUCUCUUGUCCUCCUUCUUCUCAUACCCUGGAAAUGUCGAAGCCAAACGGGCCCACAACUACGCAGAAGCCCUCUCGAAAUCCAUUCUGUUCUUUCAAGGCCAGAGGUCCGGCAGCCUUCAAGUUGCCGAUCAAGAAAUCGUCUGGCGAGGCGAUUCUGGACUUUCAGACGGCCAGUUGGACCACGUGGACUUGACUGGCGGGUACUACGAUGCUGGCGACAACGUAAAGUUCAACCUCCCGAUGGCCUUCACAACAACCAUGCUCUCGUGGAGCGCGAUUGAGUACGGCAAGAAGCUGGGCCCACAGCUGGCGAGCACGCGGGCCGCGAUCAGGUGGGGCACGGACUACCUGCUCAAGUGCGCGCACGCAAAACAUGGCAGGCUGUACGUGGGGGUCGGGGAUGCCAACAAGGACCACAAGUGCUGGGAGAGGCCAGAGGACAUGGACACUGACAGAACCGCAUAUUACGUGUCUGCAAAAAAACCGGGGUCUGACGUGGCAGGCGAGACUGCUGCUGCCCUGGCGUCUGCCUCCAUCGUCUUCCGAGAAUCAGAUCCUGAGUACAGCAAGCUGCUGUUGAGGACUGGAAGAAGGUUGAUGAAGUUUGCGGUGAAGCAUAGAGGAAGGUAUAAUGAAUCACUUGGUUAUUUCGUGGGCAAGUUUUAUCCAUCUGCAGGAUUCGAGGAUGAGUUGGCAUGGGGAGCGGCAUGGCUGCACCGAGCAACCGGCGAGAGUAGUUAUAUAGAAUUGAUUCCACCAUUCGGGUUUGAGGAGUUGCCGGAUAUUUUCAACUGGAAUAAUAAACAUUAUGGUGUGUAUGUUCUGUUAGCCAGGCUACAUUUGGUGAAUAAGGACGAGAAGUUUGUGACGUUCAGUAAGAAAUUUGAAAGCUUCGUAUGCAAUUUGACAACAUCGACCACACUGUACACACCAGGAGGUUUGAUAUAUAAAGGGUAUUGGAGCAAUCUCCAGCACGUAACAGCCAUAACUUUCUUGCUCACCACGUACGCGAAAUACAUGGCGACAUCAUCACACGAAUACACGUUCGAAUGUGGAGGCUUAAUCACACUCACACCAAGCCAUUUGCGCAACUUAUCCAAAACACAAGUGGACUAUAUAUUAGGGGACAAUCCAAUGAAAAUGUCAUACAUGGUGGGUUAUGGGUCAAGAUUCCCAAAGAAAAUUCACCACAGAGGAUCAUCUUUGCCCUCGAUCCAUGUCCACAAACAGCAUAUUCAAUGUCGACAAGGAUUUAAAUAUUUUAACUCGACGAGUGACAACCCAAAUAUGUUGACUGGAGCCAUUGUUGGGGGCCCUGACAAAAACGAUAUCUUUCACGACAAACGGGAUGAUUAUGUUCAUACAGAACCAACCACUUACACUAAUGCUGCCAUAGUUGGAACCUUAGCUUACUUUGCAUCUGUGAAAUAA